UGGCAGCGCCCGCAAGUAGGUUACACAUUUUUUUCCAGGAAAACAAACAAUCCUUGGUGGUGCCUGUUGCCGAAUCCCAACAUCUAACAUCUAUACACGCCUGGCCACCAGCUCAUCCAUAAUCUCCGGACCCUCAUUAAAAUACCACUCCAUUAUUAGAAACGCUUCGGAAAGCUGCAACGCCACCAUGGAGUACAAGCUGAUUGGUCCCGAGCACUACAAACAGGUCCUGGAGCACCUCCGCAAAAGCUUCUUUGCCGACGAACCGCUCAACAAGGCCGCUGGACUGUGCCAGAAUGGAUGCAGUAAUCCCGAGCUAGAGGAUCAUUGCCUGGAGGCCCUACAGGAUCGUAUGAGUCUGAUGGCCGUGGACGGGAAAGCAGCCCAGGAAGGUAAAUGCAAGAUUGCCGGAGUGGUCCUAAAUGGUAUCCUGCGGUCAGGCGACACGGCCAAGGCAUUGGAGAAGCUGGAAGAGAGCUGCGAUGCGGAUUUCCGGAAGAUCUUUGAGCUACUGCACCGGCACAACCUCAAGAACAAUCUCUUCGAACACUUUAAUGUAGAUGCCAUGUUUGAUGUUCGAAUCCUGUCCGUGGACUCCGGAUACAGGGGCCAGGGCAUAGCCAACGAGCUGGUCCGUCAGUCCCUGGCGGUGGCCAAGAAGAACGGCUUCCGUCUCCUCAAAGCCGACGCCACAGGGAUCUUCUCGCAGAAGAUAUUCCGUUCACACGGAUUCGAGGUCUUCGCUGAACAGCCAUAUGACAAGUAUACGGAUGCGGAUGGAAAGAUAAUCCUGCCGGUAGAGGCGCCGCACAUCAAGCUACAGCUGCUCUACAAACGAAUCUGUAACGAGGAUAAGGACCGGGAGCAGGCCCAGUAAAGAGACACCACGACUGCACUCUGGUUGGAACAAUAAUCUUUUGUAUUUUCUACAUACAGAACAUAAUGUAUAUUUUACGCAUAAUCUUAUUGGAAUGUAGUAGUCAAGGGUGGGUCGAUUCGAAAAAAAAAAACAAAAAUUUUAAUACGGCGGAAGGAGAGAUCCAAAACUAAACCAAUGGAAUUGAUACAGGAUUGUCCGUCCGUCUGUUUUGGUUAAUAAUUUAACUUUCAGUCUAAUAACCAUUGAACACAUAUUUUGGAACAUUAAAGGACAAUA